CAUUCAAUACGUAACGGUCACUUUGUUCCGCCAGUGUUUGAGAUAGAGCCGUGCGCUGCGCGUCAUUCGCGAACGAUUUUGGUGAAAACUGCAGUUUUCCCAUAUUUCUUAUAAAUCUCCUAUUAUCUUAUCGCGAUUAAUCACUACGUAGUUCCCGACGCGUACUUACGUCACCUUACGUAGUCCACGCGUGUGGCGUCGAUCGAGUCUCUCUGAUACCCCUUGUAGUUAUAAGUUUUAUUUAGUUUUUAUUUUAACCAGUUUUUAUUUUUAUAUACAUAUUUAUUGUUAUUAGUUAGGUAAGUUAUUUGUUAGGUUAUAAGGUUUAAUCCGCACGCCGCCAUUUUGUCGUGACCGCGUCGUCCGCGUCAUCCCUUAUUUUUCCCGCGUAUUCGUGAUGGUCAUCAGCAAGGACCCGCCGCCAGUAGGCGAGGUAUUGAAGAAGAGCCGUCGCAGGAGGCGCAGAGCUGGCAAGAGAGUGGCAAGAAGUCGUGCGAGUAAGAAGUCAGCGACGGUUGCGGUGGCGGCGGCCCUGACGUCACCAGAAAAGAUCAGCUCGCCAGUCAAAUGUGCGGUUCACGCGUUUUUAUUACGCUACCAGAGUGCAUUAAGAAAAGUACCUUCUCAUCUACCGCCGAAGGUACACGCCGGGCCUCCAACAAAACGGGUCAAGCGAGUAUCGUGGUGCCACGAGGAGAACGGCGUGUCCGGCGGGACGGGCGGCGGCGGUGGCGACCCAGCGGUGCUGGCGGUGGGGCCGGCGCGGCGGCCGCUCACCUACACCCGCGAGGAGCUGCUGCGCCUGCGCAAUUCGCCGCUCGUCAAACGCAAUCUGGAAAACGCCUUCGCGGGCUGCGAGGCUCUUGCGCUUGUUUUGAAGAGACGUUCCGAUUCGCCGAAUGAAGAAGACCGAGGUGCCAAGGGUGACGCGCCCAAUGAGAACCAUAAGGGCGUGUUCGGUCGCGAGCGCGAGCGUCGGUCGGCGGACCCGCGCGAGCGCGUGCGCAAGGAGAGCGAGCCGAGCGGCGGCGGCAUCGUGCUGUCGCCGCAGCGCCGCUCCUUCACGUCGGGCUGCGGGGCGCCCUCCGCCGCGCCGCACGCGCCGCCGCACGUGGCUCGCACGCGCCCCGAGUCGCCGCUGCCCAUCGCCGCCGCGCAGCAGCCGCUCACCAACAAGACUGAACAAGGCGGUCGUCGCAUCGGCUCGGGCCGCAUCCUGGUGCGCGACGUGUCGGGCACGUGGGACGACUGCGACUACCGCAGCGAGCACCGCGCCGAACACCGCGCCGAGCACCGACCCGAACACCGACCCGAACACCGCGCCGAGCCCUACCGCCCGCCGCGCGAGCGAGACCAUCGCGCUAAUGGCGACAGAUUCGAGCGGCGUUCGUUCAGCCGUGACACUUUCUCUUCCGACAUGAAGAGGGAGCGAGACGACCGGUUCAACAACGACAAGCCGCGAGACAGGGAGGACAAUCGUCGCUCCGGUGGUCGCUACUCUAAUCGUCGAUACGAUAAAGACGAGGAACCAGAGUGGUUCAGCGGAGGUCCGACAUCUCAACUGGAAACGAUCGAGUUGCGUGGCUUCGACGAUCCGCCCAAGAAGAACGGGACCACUAACAACAACAAGGAUGGCGAUAAGUGGAACAGUAGUGGGACGCGGUCCCCGCUGGAGCGCUGGCGCGAGACCUCCUCGCCGGUGCAACAACCCGCUGAAACCGCUGACACUAGCAACGACAAGGACUCUGGCGUCGAUUCGAAGACUGAGGAAGCUCAGUCGAACAACGAGCAGCCGGAGUUCAACCUUGACGAAUUCCUCAAGUUUGACACAAUACCUGACGUACUUACUAAUGGUAGUGGCGAGACCGAAGGUGGAAGCCGGUUCAGCCGAUGGUUCCGUCGCGAGAGUCCUACCAAUGAGGCGCGUCACUACGAGAGGCUUCUGCACAACAUGGUGGACGAGCUGGACAGCUCGCCGCGCGCGGAGUCGGCGGCGGGCGUGGCGGGUGCGGGCGGCGCGGCGGGCGCGGCGGGGGAGGCGGCGCACGUGUUCGCGCCCAUCGCGCCCGCCGCGCCGCCGCGCGCGCACCCGCCCUCGCUGCUCGACCUGCUGCUGCGCGCCAACGAGCCCCGGCCCGAUUCUGGCGCGGCAGUGGGUGGCAGGAUGCAUAGCCUGGAGGAGCUGGAGGCGCGUCUGCGUCCGCAGCCACAGCACCAUCACCACGACCAUGAUCUCACAGCUUUCAAACGACUCCUGGCGCAGGUGUCGGGCGGGCACGCGGUGGCGGCGGCGGGCGAGCCGGCCGCGCGCGCGCCUCCCGCGCACCACCACCAGCACCAGCAGCCCAUGAGUCUGCUGCAGAUGUUGAACAAAAGCGUGGAGCAGCAACAGAAAGCCCAACAGCAACAACAGCAGCAACAGCAACAACAACAACCGCACAUUCCGCAGGAGCUCCUAUACAAGCUUCUACAAGUGCAACAGCGACAGCAGCAGGCGGGCGACAUGUCGGGCCACGUGGGUGGAGUGAUGCCGCCCGCGCCCGACCGCGAGCUGCUGCAGCGGCCCGAGGCGCAGGCCAUCGUGCAAGGUUUGAAAGCUGGCGAGAUCACCGUCCAGCAUUUAAUGCAGCAGCUCGGCAACCCGGGCCUGCAAAGUCGACACCGCGAGGUGCUGCUUACCAUACUACGUCUGCAUCAGCAGCAGAGACAGAUGGGCGGUUCCCCUCUACCCUCGGGCGUGGGUGUGGGCGGUUCUGGCCACCUCGUGGUGCCACCGCACCACCAGCCGCUUAGACUGUCGCCACUGCCCCAUCAAGGCGUGCCGGCGCGCAUCCCUUCGCCGCGUGAGCUGGCUGCGCACACGCAGUCCAUCAUGCAGGGCGCGCUCAUCAAGAAGAAGCUGGAGGAGCAGCGUGAGAACUACCGCCGCCGCCACGAGAUGCAACACGCUUCGCCGCACGCGCAACACGCGCAACACGCACAGCACCACCAGCCCAAGCAGCCCACGCCGAUCUCAUUCACGCCCACCUCGGUGCUCCGUAAGAUGACAGCGGAGAAGGAGUCCGACGCGCCGAGCCCCAAGCAGCAGCAGUGGGCGCAGCCGACCAAGCUGCCGCAGGGACGUGCGAUUGUCAAGGGCAACCAGAGCGGUGCUGCCCCACCAAUGGGAUACAGUGGCCCCACUCCAGCCGACUACCAGCAGCAUUACCUCAACCAACAGCAGAUGGUAGGCGGUGUGCGCUCGUACUCUCAACCGCAACAGAGGCAGCAAGUAUCUAACUCGUUCAACAACAUGAAUAACAUGGCUCGCGGCAUGGCAGGCGGAUCCGCACUGCACCAGCUGCUUGUGCAGUCGCACCAGAGGAGUCUCAAUGAGAUAAGCGGUGGCGGGUCGGUGUCAAUGGGCGGCAUGAGCGGCAUGGGCGGCAUGGGCGCGGCGGGCGGCGACAACCAGCUCGCGCGCUGGUUCUCCCCCGAGCUGCUCGCGCGCGCACAUGCCGGCAAGCUGCCCUCCGUGCAUAUGCCCAACGCGCUCUCGCUCGAGGACCUCGAGCGGCACCACCACUCGCCCGCGCCCACCGCGCAUGCGUCCCACGCGCCACACGCGCCGCCGCUGCGCAACUAAACACCACCACCUCCACCACGCGUCUACCGGACCACCGGCGUGCGUGCCACGCGCCGGACCCGACUCAAAUCAUCGCAACGGGGAUUGUAAAUUCUUUAGAUGCUGUUGGAUAUUCGACACGACAACCCCGUUGCGUAUUGACAUUUAGGCCCUGUUGUGAGUGAUGUUAAAGACUUAUGAACACUUGAGGCCGCAUUGUAAAAUUUACUUUCGUAGAGGCGCUCUCGUUUAACAGCCUCUAUUGUAAGGUAGUGAAACCCUACGAGUGCAUUGUUGAGCGUGUCAGGUCUGUACGACACGCUUAGUGCGCAUGUGAGAAGACUAAACAAUGGAAUUAACUAACAAUCUAGAUUUGACAUGUGUGUUACCUGAUGAUUAAUCUUGCAUUUUGUUUGGAGACAUAUCUCGUGGAACAUGUCUUGCUUCGAUCAAAAAAUAAUCGCAAAUUACUAUCUGAUUGUUUAAUAAGAUUUUUUAAAUCAUUCCCAGUUAAUGUUUGUAUCUCAAGUAUUAAUUAUAAAUAAAAAAAUAAAUAUAAAAUGAGAAUCGCCGCGUGCCAGGACUCUUUAGUCAUACUUGAUUAUUUAAGAUCUGUCACCAUGCCGACAUAAAACUCUAACAACGUAUAUCAAAAUGAACUUGAGAUUGUAUGACGUAACAGUUGAUUUAUGUUAAUUUAAUAUCUGAGCAAGGUUAUCAAGGCCUUAAUUGGUCAUUGCAAUCAGUAUUUCAGAUUUUGUUUAUACCUCAUGUUAUCUUUUCUCUUGUUUACAGUGUUUAAGGCUUAUUAAAAUUAAUUAUAAAUGUGAUCAACUUUCAUAUACACUUCAAAUCAAAUAAAGUAUGCUAAUAAACUUUAGUAAACAUGUGCGAACAAAAAAAAAGUUUGGAACAAAAACAGCAAACAAAAUUAUGCUAAGUAAUGUAAAUGCAAACUGCUAACUGUUAGUUAAAAUAUAAACAUAAUUAGUAAUAAUAUACAAAUGUUUGUUCCAAACACAAAUCGAUUGCCAAACCAGUGAUUUGAUCGUAGCAUUUCAUGGCGGGAUGAGUCCACCAAUAUUGACACCACCUGCUUGAAACCUGUGUUCGGUACCAGUAAGCAACAAAUCGAAAAUGUAACGGAACAAUUGAGUUUGGAUGUCAAUAGUGUAAGGUUCUAACUGUACGAGUAAAGACUCCUUCCCGAAUGCACCGAUGUAAAUACACGCCACCUGAUAGGUUGCAGCUGAUGUAGGCUACGAGGAAAAUUUUUGAUGUAUUCAUUUUUAGCGCGAUAAUGUGGGUAGUUUUGAAUUUCGAACGGUGUAGAUGUAUGAAUUAAUUGGAAGAGCCCUGUGUCAGCUCCCUCGGUGCUAACUCGUUGCACGCGCGAUUAUGUCACAAAAAUUUCUCCAUUGUCAUUUCGGAAUUUUUGUGUAUAUAGACGAAUUAUCGCGUUUACAACAUUGUUAGCACUAUUGUAAUUAUAUUAACAAAUCCAAGUCCUGUUUGUACCGUGGACUGGAUCGAUGCAUGGAGGGAGGGUCUGAACAGAGAUUGACUCCCGUCCACGUCAGUAUGGCGCGUGGCGGCGAGUGGCUGCGGAUGUGACGAGAGGAAUAAAUCUAUAUGUAUAUGUAUAUCUACGGUUGUGUUUGUAAGCAUUUUGUUACUAAGUCAUUUUCGAGAGGAGAAAGAUUUUUCGUUGAAAGAAAAUAAAAAAAAGGAUAUUUGUCAUUGUACAUGUCUAUACACUUAUUAAGAGAUAGGAAGCGAUAGACAUAGCGUGACCUUUUUAGUUCGACGGUGUCGCGAUGUUUUUUCUUUGUAACGCGGAAUUUGCACAAGUGUGUCCACAUUCAGACAUUUGUGUUGUGAAAUUCCCCGGAUAUAUAUAUUUUUUAUAGAUUUUACGAUUCGCUCCCCUGUACGAACUUUUAUCGAGAUACGGUUUGUGUUAAAUGAAAUUGAGACCUGAGCUUGUCAAUUACUUUCUAGCACCAUUGGCGGACAAUAGCGUAGGUUUGUUACCGUCCAUCUUGCUAUCAAAUACCUCUGGGCUCAAAACAAACAAGCAAUAAAUGUAUACUGUAUUACUUCUAUGCGUUUAUUUGGAGGUUUAUGAAGGAUCCCCCGCCUGUGAUGUGCGCGACUCCCGUUCCCGCACAUUGGCAUGUUGGCGGCGGACGCCUUAGUAAUAGCGCAGGUUUCAAAUAUUUUUAUGUGGUUUUGAAAGUAAUACUCUAAUCAUGAACUAGUUUUUGUUGCGACGGAUGAGACGAAACGGCGCAUCAGAUGUGUCGCAUUGAUUUGGUUAUUGCGUAGUGGAUGAAUAGUGGCGAAAUUUCAGUUUUCGGGGUUUGUAAGCGCGUACGCGCGCCUCAACAUUCAAAAUGUCUCCUGUAAGCUUUAAAUUAUUAAUUAAAGAAAAUUUGAAAGUUGCAA